CGGCGGCGAGCGGGCGGGGGGCUCUUGGAGCGCGCGCCCCGCACCCGAGGGCUGCGGAGAGAUAUUUUGGGUGGCAGGAGGCCCCUCGUCAUUUCCGCCGGGCGCCUCGUCGUGCCUGGGGCUCCACUCCCGCGCGCCAGGCAAGCAAGCGGGCAAGUUGGCUGCGGUCGUGCGCCAGCACCUCUCGCCUUCCCAGCCUCGACCCUUGGCGGCUUGAGCCAUGAACUGAAGCCCCUUGGGACGCACACCCGGGGCUGACCGGCGGACGCUGCAGCUGCAGCCGCCGCCAGGGCUGGGAGCGAGCCGACCCCAGCGCCUUUCCCCGGCCAUCGCCGCUCCCACCGCUGCCGCCUCCGACGCUGCAGCCCCGGGACCGACACACAAAAGCCGCCUUCUCCGUGCUGCCCACCCCGGGAGUCUGCAGCCGGCCACCGACCCCACCUGAGGGCGCCUCGGGCUGCGGACUUCGCUUUCUGUCCGAACUCCUCCGCGUCCCACGCGGCACCAACCCCGUCGCCCAUGGCUCUGAUCAUGGAACCAGUGAGCAAAUGGUCUCCGAGUCAAGUAGUGGACUGGAUGAAAGGACUUGAUGACUGUUUGCAGCAGUAUAUUAAGAACUUUGAGAGGGAGAAGAUAAGUGGAGACCAGCUGCUACGCAUUACACAUCAGGAGCUAGAAGAUCUGGGAGUCAGCCGUAUUGGCCAUCAGGAGCUGAUUUUGGAGGCAGUUGACCUUUUGUGUGCACUGAAUUAUGGCUUAGAAACAGAAAAUCUGAAAACCCUUUCUCACAAGUUGAAUGCAUCUGCCAAAAAUCUACAGAACUUCAUAACAGGAAGGAGAAGGAGUGGCCAUUACGAUGGGAGGACCAGCAGAAAAUUACCAAAUGACUUUCUAACUUCGGUUGUGGAUCUGAUUGGAGCAGCCAAGAGUCUUCUUGCUUGGUUGGACAGGUCACCAUUUGCUGCUGUGACAGAUUAUUCAGUCACAAGAAAUAAUGUCAUACAGCUCUGCUUGGAAUUAACCACAAUCGUGCAACAGGAUUGCACUGUAUAUGAAACUGAAAAUAAAAUUCUUCAUGUGUGUAAAACUCUUUCUGGAGUCUGUGACCACAUCAUAUCCCUGUCGUCAGAUCCUCUGGUUUCACAGUCUGCUCACCUGGAAGUGAUUCAGCUGGCAAAUAUCAAACCAAGUGAAGGGCUGGGCAUGUAUAUUAAAUCAACAUAUGAUGGCCUCCAUGUAAUUACUGGAACCACAGAAAAUUCACCUGCAGAUCGGUGCAAGAAAAUCCAUGCUGGUGAUGAAGUGAUUCAAGUUAAUCAUCAGACUGUGGUGGGGUGGCAGUUGAAAAAUUUGGUGAAUGCACUACGAGAGGACCCGAGUGGUGUUAUCUUAACUUUGAAAAAGCGACCUCAGAGCAUGCUUACCUCAGCACCAGCUUUACUGAAAAAUAUGAGAUGGAAGCCCCUUGCUCUGCAGCCUCUUAUACCUAGAAGUCCCACAAGCAGUGUUGCCACGCCCUCCAGCACCAUCAGUACACCCACCAAAAGAGACACUUCCGCCCUCCAGGACCUCUACAUCCCCCCUCCUCCCGCAGAACCAUAUAUUCCCAGGGAUGAAAAAGGAAACCUUCCUUGUGAAGACCUAAGAGGACAUAUGGUGGGCAAGCCAGUUCAUAAGGGAUCUGAAUCCCCAAAUUCAUUUCUGGACCAGGAAUAUCGAAAGAGGUUUAACAUUGUUGAAGAAGAUACUGUCUUGUAUUGCUAUGAAUAUGAAAAAGGAAGAUCAAGUAGCCAAGGAAGACGAGAAAGCACACCAACCUAUGGCAAGCUACGACCUAUUUCUAUGCCAGUCGAAUAUAAUUGGGUGGGGGACUAUGAAGAUCCAAAUAAGAUGAAGAGAGAUAGUAGAAGAGAAAACUCUCUGCUUCGAUAUAUGAGCAAUGAAAAAAUUGCUCAAGAAGAAUACAUGUUUCAGAGAAACAGCAAAAAAGACACAGGGAAGAAGUCAAAAAAGAAGGGUGAUAAGAGCAAUAGCCCAACUCACUAUUCAUUGCUACCUAGUUUGCAAAUGGAUGCACUGAGACAAGACAUCAUGGGCACACCAGUGCCGGAGACCACAUUGUACCAUACAUUUCAGCAAUCCUCUCUGCAGCACAAAUCAAAGAAGAAAAACAAAGGAGCUAUAGCAGGCAAGAGCAAAAGAAGAAUUUCUUGCAAGGAUCUUGGCCGUGGUGACUGUGAAGGGUGGCUUUGGAAAAAGAAAGAUGCAAAGAGCUAUUUUUCGCAGAAAUGGAAGAAGUACUGGUUUGUCCUAAAGGAUGCAUCCCUAUACUGGUAUAUUAAUGAAGAGGAUGAAAAAGCAGAAGGAUUCAUCAGUCUGCCUGAAUUUAAAAUUGAUAGAGCCAGUGAAUGCCGCAAGAAAUAUGCAUUCAAAGCCUGCCAUCCUAAAAUCAAAAGCUUUUAUUUUGCUGCUGAACACCUUGAUGACAUGAACAGGUGGCUUAAUAGAAUUAACAUGCUGACUGCAGGAUACGCAGAAAGAGAGAGGAUUAAACAAGAACAAGAUUACUGGAGUGAAAGUGACAAAGAAGAAGCAGAUACUCCAUCAACACCAAAACAAGACAGUCCUCCACCCCCCUAUGAUACAUACCCACGGCCUCCAUCUAUGAGUUGUGCCAGUCCUUACGUGGAAGCAAAACACAGCCGGCUUUCCUCCACAGAGACCUCUCAGUCUCAGUCUUCACAUGAAGAGUUUCGCCAGGAAGUUACUGGGAGCAGUGCCGUGUCUCCCAUUCGCAAGACCGCCAGUCAGCGUCGCUCCUGGCAGGAUUUAAUCGAGACACCACUGACAAGUUCAGGCUUACACUAUCUUCAGACUCUGCCACUGGAAGAUUCUGUCUUCUCUGAUUCUGCGGCCAUCUCCCCCGAGCACAGGCGACAGUCCACUCUUCCAACUCAGAAGUGCCACCUCCAGGAUCACUAUGGCCCAUACCCGUUAGCUGAGAGUGAGAGGAUGCAAGUGCUAAAUGGCAAUGGGGGCAAGCCUCGAAGUUUUACUCUGCCUCGAGACAGCGGGUUCAACCACUGCUGCCUGAAUGCACCAGUUAGUGCCUGUGACCCACAAGAUGACAUACAGCCACCAGAGGUGGAGGAAGAGGAGGAAGAGGAGGAGGAGGAGGCAGCAGGGGAAAACAUAGGAGAGAAAAAUGAAAAUAGGGAAGAAAAGUUAGGAGACUCCUUACAAGAUUUGUACAGGGCGCUGGAGGAAGCCAGUCUGUCUCCACUAGGAGAACAUCGCAUUUCAACCAAGAUGGAAUACAAGCUAUCGUUUAUAAAAAGAUGUAACGAUCCAGUGAUGAAUGAAAAGCUGCACAGGCUGAGAAUUCUUAAAAGCACUUUAAAGGCCAGAGAAGGGGAAGUGGCCAUUAUUGAUAAAGUCCUAGACAAUCCAGACUUGACAUCUAAAGAAUUCCAACAAUGGAAGCAGAUGUACCUCGACCUUUUCUUGGAUAUCUGUCAAAACACCACCUCAAAUGACCCACAAAGUAUUUCUUCUGAAGUAGAUGUUAUCACUUCUCUAACACAUACUCAUUCAUACAUUGAGACGCAUGUGUAAGUGAAUUCCAACUCGAGGCCAUCUAGUACCUGCUGGUACUCUGAACAAGUCCAUAAGGUAGUUUUUUUUUCUCAAUGUGUUGGACACUUGACAAGCUAUACUUUAAUGUUACCAAUCUAUAUGAAACAAAGCAUACAUGGUCACAUUACCACUGUCUUUAAAGAGCUUUUGUAUGUUUUAUAUGCAGUCAGUGCUCAGCUUAUGUUUACCAUGUGCAAAAUCAACUAUCUUUAAUGACUUAAAUUAACUUUUGCAAACAAUUCUGAAUAUAGGUGAUCGUCAAGUAGAAAAACCACAAAAAGGCAGUUUUCUAUCUGAGAUCAUCUUUUCUCCCUUUAAGUUAAUUUUAUAUAAAUGAAACUUCAGAUGUAAAUCACAAUUUUUCCAGGUGCAGAUAUCCUUGUGGGUGGGAAAGAAUUUAAACCUUUUUAUAUUUAUUAAAAUGUUCUAAGAAUUUUCUUAAACAUUGCACAAAGUUUAAUGCUGUAGUUUUAUUUUUGUGAAAUGUAGGUGCGUAUAGAAGAGUUAAGCAAGCCAGAAGAGCAUCAGCAUAAGAAAAGUUCAGGUAGCUAAUACCCGUCUUAAUUGUCUAUUAACUUGUGCUAACUGGUUAAUGGAAGUACUAUUCCAAAUCUAUGAGAACACUGCAUGGUGUAUCAGGGCAAAGCUUUGUAAGAUGUUUUUGUAACUAAGACUAAAAUUGAAGAUAGAGCUGCUUUAUUUUCUUGGUUUAAAUCUUCCUUUAUUUUUGUAGUGACGAAAUGCUGAUUGUGUACAGAAGAAUUUAAGAAUGGAUUUUUUUAAAACAGACUUAAUUCACCCAGAAAGGCAGCUAAUAGCUACACACACACACACACACACACAAUUUCAGCCCAAACUCAUGUUUUUUGAACUCUUAACUUUUAAAAGACUAGGUAUACACUGAAAUGAAAUUUCCAGGCAGUUUCCAAUUUACCCUUGAUCUGUUAACAAAACUUCUGUAAUUAUACAUCAAAUGGAAAAUUAAAAUACAUUUAGUCAUGGCCGGUAGAAGUUUCAAUAGAAAAAACAAUGUUGAACAACGUUAAUGGGCUUCUCUACUAAGAAACAGAGGAUGCCAACCUUUCAGGGAGUUAAUACAUUGAGUGACCUGAGAUCAAACACUUAGAGGUUUUUCCUAGAGUCCUGAAUUGUUUAUAGAAUGGGUGGAGUCUAUGAAAAAGUCCUCUUCAUAUAUUGCCAUUUCUGUGUGUCUAGUUUUUGGAAAGUGACCACAGCAUGAAAGUGACUUGCUGCUUUUUCGUGUGUGGCUGCAUAAUGUACAAGUCACAAUUUGCUGUUGUUUUUCGGGAGGAAAAGACCCUCCUUUAUUAUUCUAUAUCCUAAAAUCUACUUCUGAUUAGCUUUAUCCUGUUGCCUGUACAGCUCAGUGAAUGUACUUACAUUUCUAAGAGUUCAGAUAUAUGCCAGUGAAUAUUUUUGCUGUAGAGAAGAAAGUAAAAACUACACAGUGGGAUCUUUUUCUUUGCUUUUGAAAUCACAUUAAAUCACUAUCGUUUUGCAGACUUUGCACAACUGUACAGGAGAGUGGCCUUUCUACAGCACAUUUUCAGUAAUCGUAUAUUUAGUCAAAAUGGAUGAGAAACACGCAUUAAUGUUUGUAUGGAAUUUUGGGUCCAGUGUAAUAUUUUUAUUAUUUAAAGUACCCUCUUUGUAAAAACAUGUAUUUACUGCAUGGUUAUUGACACACAUUAAAUUUGUGGGAUUUUAUAUACGUAAGAGAGAGAAAACAAACAAACAAACAAACACCCUCCUGUCGUAAAAUGAAGUGUGCUUGUUACAGUUGUUUAGGCAUAUUGAUGUUUACUAGACCAAUGUGUAUCUUCACUUAAAAAUCUUUGUACAUGAUGGACGUAUCACAUGUAGAGUGGGCAAACAGCCUGCAAACGACAAGCAGUUGGUGGGAAGACUAGCUCUGUUGCUAGUAAGCAGCUUCUAAUUUUGUAAAGUCAGCUGGUAUUUUACUGGUCAAAAUUAAUGGGUUUUAUAAAACUGGUGACUAGCCUAGCAUGAAAGAAACCUUUUAACACUAUCUAUCUGUACAUUCUAUUGCAUUUAGUUUUAAAUCUAGGAGAGAGGCAGCACUGUAAACUGAAGUCGAAUAAACUCAGCUCUUAAUGAAUCCUUCUAAGGCACCUACUUUAUUCAUGCAAAGGGCUUACCACAUUUCUCUGUGACCUAAUCACCCAGCCACCCUUACUACCACCUCCCCAGUCACAAGUUCGCACUCUGCCACCUCACUAAUAGCACAAGCCAGAGGGAACACCUGUUCAGAGCUUACCAAGAGCUCCUCUGAGACCUUGAGACCUCAAGCUGUCAUCCCACUGACCUGACAGAACCAUGAAAACUUCACCUACUCAUUCUUUUUUUGUGAGCCUUUGGGGAACAUAAGGAGAGGCCACCAACAAUAAGCUAAUUUUCUACUCACGGAUGUAGUAUAUUGUGGCUAAGUAUUGCUAAAAUAUGUCUAAAUUAAUAAGCUGCCCCUAAGCCAGUGUAAAAGCAGAUGGGGAUGGGACAAGGGGAAAAAAUGACCUAGGAGUAGUUUCUCAAAGAAAUGCUUUUUCUGAAAUUUUUUUUUUCCUUCUCAGUUCCAUAUCAAUAUUAAACUGUCCGAGCAGUACUAUAACCACGGCUCUGCACCAUAAAAAUCAUUUUUCUCCGCACAAACCAUUCCAUGCUGUUUAAGCAAGGCACGCACACCUUCACCAUUUCAUCAGGUCUUCUGGGACUAUCAUUACAGCUGCUAAAGCCAACAGUUUUCAGUGGUUUGUGUGUAACUAGCUGUGCAUUUUUUUUUCUUUUUUUGGAGGGGAGACAUAAAAGUAUUCACAGGUACCUGAAAAUGCUUCAGGGAGGGAAAUACAUUCCUAUUUUCAAAAGUCCAACUCUAGACCAGGACAAGUCUGUCUUUCUGAAAACUCUUCAGUCAACUAAAGCUGAUCCAUAUCUUUGCACCUGAUGAUUCCUGACUGCCAUUUGCAGUUGUAGGGGAACAGUUACUCUUUGGCCAAGGCCUUGUUUGCCUCCUUACCCCUCAGAAGAGCUCUAUCAGAGUCCCAAUUCUUAGGGGAAAAACAUUGCUCUACAAACAAGGUCAAGAACAACUUUCUCUUCAAUCUUUGCCUGUUCACUUCAGCACUAAAUCUAGCACCUCUUCAGGCUCUCCCUCCCUUGCCUCCUCCCAACCCUCGGCCAGCUGCAGCACUGCACACUGAAGGCCACUCCAUGGCCAGGGAAGUACACAGCCUAUGUCCUCCCAACGGUCCAAGUCAAGGUCAUAACCUACUACGUUGCGGGUAGGGACCUGGCGUGAGUCCCGCCACUUGAGACCACCCAGCAGCAGCACUGUCUCUUCUACCACAGCAAGUCCAUAGCAGAAGCGGUCAUAGGGUAGUGACCUCAACCGAGUCCACUGGUCUGUGCUGGGAUCAUAGCGUUCAAUCUCAGAGAAGGGCUCAUAUCUUCCCAAAAAGGCAAACACUGCACCUCGCAGCACCGCAAGGUGGUGCCCAUAGCGAGCUGUGCCCAUGGGUGCCCUCUUGUUCCACACCUUCUCUCCGGGGCUAAGGGAAUACAUAUCCCGAAGGCUACUUGUGCCUCCUUCACCAGUGCCAGCCUUGCCCCCGGAGAUGUACACAACACCAUGGUCCCCGACAGCACCUGCGUGACCAUGCAGUGCCCGAGGUAGCUCCCCAGCUGCCAUCCAGCUGUCCCUGCGAAGGUCGUACAUCUCCACUGAGGCCAGCGCCUCACCACAGGUGCCCAGGCCUCCAACGGCCAGGAGACACUCUCCUACCACACCACACCAGAAGUAGGCCCUCGCUUCUCUCAUAGCAGGCACCUCUGUCCAGGUGUGGAAGCGUGGGUCAUAACGGUGCACUAAGGCCGUGACUGACCUUGGGCCAUCAGCCAGGGAACGAGAUGGGCUACCAGAAAGACUCUCCCCUCCAAGGACAAAUAGGAAGUUGCCAGUGGUACAUACACUGUGGCCUAGCAGUGGUGUGGGCAGCCGUGUCAGGCUGCGCCAGCUGUGGUUGUAUACAUCGAAGGACACUACAUCCUGGGUGAGCUCCCACUCCUUCUCUUCCUCCAUCUCUUCUUCCUCCUCUCCCUCCUCUUCCUCUGGCUCAGGGGCAGGGCGCCGAUUUCGAACUACCUCCGGUAAGACCGGGAUUUCCUCAGUGACUGUCUCCCUAGCCCUGAGACCACCAACCAGCAAGAUGCGGGUCUGGGGGCUCCGGACACUAGUCUGUUCUCCCUGCAGGAGCGGCUGGCGGGAGGGUGCUGUGUGGUAAUUGAGGGCCUGGAUGAUGAGGCCCUUGAUCCCAGUAGGUAAUGUAAGGCCAGACCCGGAGUACACGCGCCGCAGCACACCAGCAGGCACCAGGCCAAAGUGGAUACAUCCAAGCAGUGUUGAACUGUGUGCCAGGCGCUGGGCCGUAGGCUCCUGCCUCAGCCAGGCUAGUGUCAGGCCCAGCAACUGGGUCUCAGCCACCCGUGCCACGUCCGGGGCACGCAGCACAGCCUUCAUUGAUAUAGGAUUGAGUUCCAGCAGCCCCGAGGGGCCAGUGCCCAUCAGAAACAGCUCCUUCAGGUGGCGCACUAUGUAGCGCUCAGCUGCACCCAGAGUGCGGGCCAGGCCAAAGCGAGCAGCCACAUUGGCAGUAAAGCAGCAAUUCUCUGGGGCGAGAUGGCAUUCCAGGUAGUGGCUACACAGCCCCAAGGCCUCGGUGACUUGCAGGUAGCUGGCGGCCUCCAGAGUGUCCUCCACAGUGUCCAAGGAGAGGGGAAGCCAGGCAGUGUAGAUGAAGUCCAGCAGGCGCUGUAGGCCGGCUGCAGAAGGCACAUGCAGGUGAAUUACAGGAGCCCUUGAUUCCUGGGUGUGACCCUUGAACAGGGCCCUAAAGUAGUCGCUGGAGCAUGCCAGAAGUGACCUGUGCGCUGGGAACUCACUGCCCUCAGCCUCCAGUGUCACAUCGCACAAGAAACCCUCAGCGCGUAGGGCCUGGUAGCCGGUGAGGAGAGAGCUGCCGUGAGUUUUGCAGUAAGACAGGAAGUAACUCAUGACGCCCAAGGCGGGAAGCUGGGGUGGAGCCAGCCAGGAACAGCUGGACACAUCCCAGUGACUCAAAACCCCCACCUCCACUAUCCAGCUGCAGAGCCCCUAGCAAAAGCUGAUUUUUGUCUGCUCAGCUUAAAACAUAGUUUCCUUCAUCCAGAUUCGGCAGUUGCUCCGUGCCCCUCUCAGACAACUUAAGAUCUGGAGACGAUUUCCAGAAGUCUCUAGUAGCAGAGGGUGUGGAUUUCAGAGUCUUCCCAAUAUUGCGAGGCUUGGUUCCAGCCGUUGCUGAGCUUGACAACGCGUUGCCCAAAGCCUUCUCCGCUACACAAUUUGGGGAGCCCACACUUGCACACCCGGAGCGGCGGGGGCCUGCACCAUCACCUGGAGAGGUCGAGGGUGCUGGAUCUCCAACAGGCCAGAUGCGCAGAUGUGGCCCUAUUGUAAGUGCUCCGGGAGUGCAGGUUGAUGACUCUGAACAAGGAGCCUUAGAAUCUGUUCUGUGGACACCCGCGCAGUCCAAGGGCAACUGCUAGGGGCCUGGGGGUGAGCUUGCUCCGUGAGGAGGAUCAAAUCAAAGUCUGCGGCACUGGAGGGAGCGCCGGGUAGAGGGCUGGGAGCGUGAUUGGGCGCUGUACAUAACAUGCCGGUAGCUCACCCAGACAGGAAUAGUGCUCGCCUGGGCCCGCUGGCGCGCGGAGACCCGCCCCGCCCUGCGCCCCAGCUGCUGGCUGCGAAUCAUUUAGCCGCCCAGCAGGAAGCUUCCUGAGCCAGGGCAUUGACUUCUGUGACCGGACCCAAGGGGCCUCCAGUCACUGCAGGCAGGGAAGGGGGUUCCCUGGAACACUGAGAGGAGGGAAGGGUGGCAAAAGCUCAAAAAAGGUCGGAGUCUUUUAGGACUCUUGGCCUGGUGAUGUGUUGGGAAGGAUACCUGGCUGGACUGGAGGACCUCUUGGUGGUCCUAUGUCUGGGAAAGAAAUCCCAGGUUCAUCUUUCGGCUUUAAAGAUGUCCUAAUUGGUCAAUUAGUAGGGAGCAAGCAAGCGGGGAUUAAAGGGCAGUUUUGCACACUGACACCUAAGAGGAGGUGUCAGAGAAGACUCUAGCAAGAGCUAAAGGAGAAAGAAUCCCAAAGAGCCCCACUUGCAUGUCCAUCACCUGCACUCACCUAUGUGAGAUUCAGGGACAUGUGCUCCCAAUGCAGGUGGAGUCUCCCAAGCUGCCUGCUUUCACAAUGCAAGGAAUUUCCUCCCAGCCCCUGCCUUCUGAUCUUUCUGAUCCAGAGGAGGUCUCUUGGGUAUCCUAGUGAAACCCAUCUGUUUGCAACAUGGAGGAAGAAGUAGUUGUAACUAACUUGAGUUUUCUCUUGGAAUGACAGCUUCUCAAAAAGAAUGCAAUUUCUUCUAGUUUCCUCUAUCUGAUUUUCCGUGCUGUAAUCUAAUGACUGGCUACUGCAUCCUCAAUGUGAUGACAAGAUAACGGGCAGGAAAAUUGCAAAACUCAAGUUCCUAGGGCCUUUCCUUUCCAAGUGAUUGAUUGAUUGAUUGAUUGACUGACUGACUGACUGACUGAUUGCUUCACUUUACAUUCUAUUGUAGCCCCCUCCCUCCUCUCCUCCCAGUGAUUUUUUAUAAGAAACAACCAGCGCAGAAAUGGUAACUGAGAGCCUCCUGUCCAUCGCCUGCUUCCUGCUCUUACAUUACAAACUCAUCAAAUGCUCUUUCUUGCCAAUUUAGAGACUUCUGUUUUGUUUUGCUUUCAGAUAACAGUUUAUUGUCCCGGCUUUCAAAAGCAGUCCCUCCAGCAGUCUGUUCUAGAUGAGUCUUUCAGUAGCUCAUAGAAGAAGAAAAAAAAAGUCCUAAGAAAUAUAAAACUUACUUUGCAAGCCCUCAGUACUUAGCUGGCCAGCCCUCAGUACUUGCAAGGUCUCCAAUUACAUGCAAUUUCUUAAUUUCAUAAAACAUUGGAAAAAAUACUGCUGGGCUAGAGAGAUAGCUUCAGCACUUCAAAGCACUUCCCGUUGCUCUUAUAAUGGUCUUGGUCCAGCUCCCAGAACCUACACGGUGGCUCACAUCCAUCUGUCACUCCAAUUCCAAGGAAUCCAACGCCCUCUUCUGGCCUCUGUGCAGGCACACAAGCGGUGCAUAGACAUACAUGCAAGCAAGCCUACUUAUACACCUAAAAGAAAAAUAAAUAAAUCUUAAAAAAAAAAAAUUUGAUUCUGCUGCCAAAGAUAGAAUUGAGUUCCAACUUAAAUUGCCAAGUUACAGAGUGUAGGUAAAGUUGGGGUUCUACUUCCUUAACUCUUAAAAAAAAAAAAUGUUUCAACAGAAAUUCCUAACAUUAGAAGUACAAAUGGAUUCAGGGAUAGUAGUUUUCCUAUGGAGAUGGAGGACAGUAUUAAAAUGCUUGGUUCAAAAGUGAAACAUAAAUUGGAUGUGGUGGUGCAAGCCUUUAAUCUUAGCACUCAGGAGGCAGAGGCAGGUGUAUCUCUGAGUUUGAGGCCUGCCUGGUCUACAUACCAACUGCCAGGCCAGCCAACACUGCACAGUGAGACCCUGUCUCAAAAAUAAAAAAAGUGAAAUAUGACUAUGAUUUAUUUUACCCAAUUCUCCAUUUUAAAUUUAAAUGCCCUUCACUCAAAAUAAUUAAAUUUUGCUAUAAGGAAUUUGUGGGAUUGUUAAAUCUAAUAUUGGCCCUUUCCUCAGAAAUCAUUUUUCCUUUUAUACAAAUGUGGCAAAUGAGCUCCAGAGAGUAUGACUUCUCUGACUGCCUUGAAUAUUGAGUUACAGAGUUUAGCCACGAACCCAGGGUUGCCUUCCUACUAUAUUAUGUGACCUCAUAUACGAUAAAAUCAAAUCAUGCAACACAUUUUACUCACAAGGUGAUAAAGUGAACUCACCAUUUUACUAACUUCAAAGGAUUCAAGUGUGGUUUUUAAACAGCACAUUGUUCACACCUGUAUAGAAUCCCACCGAUCAGAACUGUCCAUCACUGCGCAUUUGUAUUCAAAAUGUCACAUUACAAAAUAAAAAUGCCAUGGAAAAUCUUAAAAUCGUAACAUCAAAAUUCCAGUUUUCAUGAAAAGAAUGUGUUUAUUGCUGGCCCAACCUAACAUGUUUUGCCAGAGAAGAUGUGAUGAAGUGCGUUAACUGAAGACAUUUCUUUACAUUAUGUGUGAUUGUGAUUGUAAGACCUUGUUUGGGAAAUAUAACUGUCAACCCGAGAAAAUCAUUGUCAUUUGAGUAACGGUUGUGUAGUGUUAGUGUUUUUAUUUCUGUGCAAUAUUAAGUAAUAUUAAAUAAAAAUUUAGUCUCUGUGUUUAAA